ACCCAAACGAUGUUUUAUUUUGGUAAUUGGGAACGGAAGUGCUUAGUUCCCUGUGAGCGACUUGAUACGAGUGACUGAGGUGGAGGCAGUCAGGCUGCGACAGAAAAACAAGCGAGGCUAGGUCGAGCAGUACGUGGUCAGUGCAUGGUUUAAAAGGAAAAAGAAAAAAAAAAAAAAGGGAAACCCGAGGAUAUGUGGAUUUAAACGUUAAUUUUGUCGCUUUUACGCGGGCUUAGCUACUCGCGGUCUGGCACAGGGGUCUUCGUUUUGGCGUGUGUGGUGUGUCGCCGUUUGCCCAUUCUCACUGGAGUGAACACUAAGGGGGACUCCAUGAAAGAUGACAGAGGAGGUUAUUGUUGUAGCCAAGUGGGACUACACGGCCCAGCAGGACCAGGAACUUGACAUCCGCAAAAACGAGCGUCUCUUCCUCCUGGACGACUCAAAGACCUGGUGGCGUGUUCGCAACGCCGCCAACCAAACGGGGUAUGUGCCAUCGAACUACGUCGAACGAAAGAACAGCCUGAAGAAAGGCUCGCUGGUGAAGAACAUCAAAGACACAUUGGGUUUGGGAAAAACUAAGCGGAAGACAAGCGCCCGUGAUGCCUCCCCAACGCCAAGUUCAGACGCAGAGUACCCCUCCAAUGGCAGCGGGGGUGGAGGGGUGGGGGGAGGAGCCGCUGAGAGAAUCUACGACCUCAACAUCCCCGCUGUGGUCAAGUUUGCCUACAUAGCAGAGAGGGACGACGAGCUGACCCUGGUCAAGGGCUCCAAGGUCAUCGUGAUGGAGAAGUGUAGUGACGGCUGGUGGCGGGGCAGUCUGUCGGGCCGCGUGGGCUGGUUCCCCUCGAAUUAUGUCCAGGAGGAGCUCGGAGGAGCGGAUGAGAGAGGAGAGGGAGAUUCCUCACGGGGCUACCAUGGAGGCUCUCAGGGGACUUUGUUGGCUAACGGGCGUGCAGGCGGCCGUGGUGGAGUGCUCCACCUGGUUCAAACGCUCUACCCCUUCAGCUCUGUAACAGAGGAGGAGCUGAACUUUGAGAAGGGAGAAGUCAUGGAGGUGGUGGAGAAGCCUGAGAACGACCCGGAGUGGUGGAGGUGUAAGAACUCACGUGGCAUGGUGGGCCUGGUACCUAAAAACUAUGUGAUGGUGCUGGAUGAGCGACCCGGCCUGCCCUCCUCUACGUCGAGCUCCCCACAAAGCCGCUUCGUGGCACCGGCACGCUCAGGGAAGUUCGCUGGGAGGGACUGGUACUAUGGCAACAUCACCAGACACCAGGCCGAGUGUAUACUCAACGAGAGAGGAGAGGAGGGCGACUUCCUCAUACGAGACAGCGAGUCAUCGCCCAGUGAUUUCUCCGUGUCUCUGAAGGCAGUGGGUAAGAAUAAGCACUUUAAAGUGCAGCUGUCAGACGGAGUGUACUGUAUCGGCCAACGCAGGUUCAACUCCAUGGAUGAACUGGUGGAGCACUACAAGAAAGCCCCCAUCUUUACCAGCGAACAUGGAGAGAAGCUAUACCUGGUCAAAGCGCUGCUGUGAUUCACACAUCCUCACACCUACACUGGAUCUCACAACACACACUCUCUCAUACACAGUAUACACACUUAAUACUAACGCCACUCCCUAACUGUCUUAACUCGAGCCUUAGGUCUGAACCCCGUUGCUGUGGCGUCUGUUCCACAUCCAGAUCCUCAGUCGCUCCUCGUAAGUUUUAUGUGUGACCCUCCAGUGGUGACCAGGGGAAACUAUUUCUAGCUCAACGGCCGAGCAGUUUAACCCCAUAAGACUGUGCACUGUGACAGCGCAUACCCAGCAACAUCGUUCAUGUGCAGCACAAUGCAUAAUAAGCCUCUCUAUUCCGGAUGUGCUAACGUACGGUGGCCACGCCUGCUACUAACAGAACGCCUGAGGCCUUGUUGGGGGUUGUGCUCUCCUUCUGAUGUCAUACAUACUGCCCAUCUACUAUCACACACAUUGUAGGUUACACCAUUGCUCUUAAUCCACACAGAAUGACAGACAUUUAACAGUUCAAAGAGGACUCAAACCUCUGAGGGACCUUACUCUGGUGUUGCUGGCCAUUGUUUUAUUUUUUUCGUCUGUUGUUGUUUUUUUUAAAAAUGCUUGUUCCUGAGUUAACUUGUUGGUUCUUCAAAGUUAAUUUAAAUUCCUCUCUGGAGGUUCGAAUCAUUGCUCUUUCAUACAGUGACUUCACAAAGUGACCAGAAUCACACUCUCUUGCCUUUUUUCGCCUAAUUUUCACCAUUCCUCUACAUGAUUUCUCUCCCCAAUUGAGUUUGUGUCUUCUGUUACUUUUUUCAAAUUCCUCCUUGUUUCUGGAAUGGAAAAUCUGGAUACAAUACUUCCUGUAAUACUUCCUAAAGGCAGUGGGGGAAGUGUUAAUGCAAUAGGGGAGAACUCUGAAUUCCUGUAGAGUUUGAAUGUUUAUCAAUGUAACCAAAUGUGCCACCCUGUACCCAUACUACUGGCUCCAGGUCUGCACUGCACUCACCAUACUUGGCAUUCAUUCAUAGCUCUAUGCUCAUGCUUUAUAUUGUGUCACAUUGAACAUGUUCUCCAGUAUGUGUCUGUAGCUACAUGAGGAUACUGACUGAAGAAUAUUAAAAAAAAAAAAAAAACCCUCUUUUGAAACACUUUUGAGUAAACACACUCGAUCUGCCCCAGCUCCUGUGAAUGAAUGCAGAUGGAAAAAGUAGUUUUCCUCGACGUAUCUGUCACAAGUGUCAUUUACGCAAAAAAUCUAUAUAAUUUAGUGAUUGACUUAGACCCCAAAAGUAAACUAACCAGGAAGAGCAGCCCUACGCUCAACGUUUAUGAAUCACAUGAUUUGGAAAUACUUAUCAGGUCAUGAAGCAAGUGCAACGAUGGCUGCUGACCGUUCGUCAAACCCCUCUUCCGAACAGCGAUUGUCCAGUAGUAGCUGGGCACGUCGCUAGGCACGGCAGGUCUGUCAAGCUAGGGACUGUAAUACGAGCGAAACAAGACAUCUAAAGCUGUAGAAUUUGGAUUUAGUGUCUUCUUUUUUUUUUUUUUUUACAAGCCUUUCCAAAACCAAGAACCUAGAAAUGAGAAGCCUGCUUCUGGGGGGGGGGCUUGACGAGCGGUCAUUGUUUAAUAACAGUCAUCUUUCACUGUCAAGAAACCAAAUAUACUGUCACCUGGCUUAUAAUGAAAAUAAUUCUAGUCCUACCAAACAUUUUCCUGUGUAUUUUCUUUUGCUAUGUGCAUUUGUUUACCAAUGGAAGUGUUUAUUAUGGGGUCCUCAGCUUUUAUAUGAUAUAUCUGAAUGUUAUUGAGCAUUGUUAUUUAAUUCUUGUCUCCACUGUAUGUAUAUAUUCAAAAUAAGAUGAGGUGCAUAUAUGAAUCGUUAAGAUCCAACUAUGGUACUGUAUCACCGACAACGUGAUGAGAAUUGAAAUACUUUUGUUCAAUAAAAUUUUUUGAAGAAUA